AUGGGGAAUUUUACUGUGUUUAUUCUCUUGGGACUUUCUGACAAUCAAAACAUUGAAGUCCUCUGUUUUGUAUUAUUUCUAUUUUGCUACAUUGCAAUUUGGAUGGGCAAUGUUCUCAUAAUGGUUUCUAUCACAUGCACUCAGCUCAUGGACCAACCCAUGUAUUUCUUUCUUCAUUACCUAUCACUUUGUGACCUUUGUUACACAUCCACAGUGACACCCAAACUCCUGACUGAUUUACUGGCAGAAAGGAAGAUAAUUUCCUAUAAUAAUUGCAUGACACAGCUCUUUCUUCUUCAUUUGCUUGGUGCCAUUGAGAUCUUUAUUCUCACAGCAAUGGCCUAUGACCGUUAUGUGGCGAUCUGCAGGCCCCUGCACUACACCGUCAUUAUGAGCAGACAGAGAUGCAAUGAACUCCUUGCAGUUUGUUGCACUGGAGGAUUUGUGCACUCAGCCAGUCAGUCCCUUCUCAUUGCCUUUGUGUCCUUUUGUCAUCACAAUGAGAUAGACCACUACUUCUGUGAUGUAUAUCCUUUACUAAAAUUAGCUUGCACUGAUACACAAAGAAUUGGCCUGUUUGUUAUUGUUGAUUCUGGACUAAUUGCUUUGGUGACAUUUGUAGUUUUAAUGGUAUCUUAUUUUCUAAUACUACAUACCAUAAGUGUUUACCCAGCAGAGAGCCGUUCCAAAGCUCUUUCCACAUGCGGUUCACAUAUAACCAUUGUGGUCCUGUUUUUUGUGCCUGUUGUCUUCAUUUACAUCAGACCAAAUACAACAUUCCCAGAAGACAAAGUGUUUGCUCUUUUCUAUACCAUCAUAGCUCCCAUGUUCAACCCUCUGAUCUACACACUGAGAAACCUGGAGAUGAAGUGUGCAAUUAAAAAAAUAUGGUAUCACCAAAUACCUUCAUACAAGAAACAAAUUCUACCAAAGAAAUAA